AUGAUCUAUAUGGCUCGUAAUGCAAAGGAUGUUGCUGUCUCCUUUUAUCACUUUGACUUGAUGAAUAAGCUACAUCCAGAUCCUGGCUCUUGGGGUGACUACCUGGAGAAAUUCAUGACAGGAAGAACAAUGAUCUUUGGCUCCUGGUAUGAUCAUGUGAAAAGCUGGUGGAAUAAGAGAAAUGAUCACUCCAUAUUAUACUUGUUUUAUGAAGACAUGAAAGAGGAUCCAAAGCAUGAGAUUAAGAAACUCAUACAUUUCUUGGGAAAGAAUCUUGAUGAAUCAGUUGUAGAUAAGAUUGUUUAUCAUACAUCUUUUGAUAUGAUGAAGGACAAUCCUAUGACAAACUACAGGAUGGCUCCAGCUGCUGUAAUGGAUCAUAGUAUCUCUCCAUUCAUGCGCAAGGGAAUUGCUGGAGACUGGAAGAAUCAUUUUACAGUAGCUCAGAAUGAGGCAUUUGAUGAGAACUAUAAGAAGACAAUGGCAGAUACAACACUGCAAUUCCGAACUGAGAUCUGAGGCUCCCAUGAGCUGUAACAAAGCUGCUGCUUUUAUGCAGUUCCAUAUAGAAUAUGUCAUUCAAUAUGUUUUGAAUUCUUGCAAGCCCUUGGUUUUAAAGAAGAAGCAGAUUCUGAUUUGACAGGUUGCAGAUAAUAUGCACAUAGAUUUGGCAAACACUUCCAGACAAAAGGGGCAAGAGGUUUUUGUGACUUUCCUGGGUUUUUGUUCUUUUUGGCAGUAACUUAGGCCAUAGUCCUGUUUUAAUAUAUCUCCAUAGAAGAAUAUCAUUCUUUUUGCUCUUUUAAAAAGCACAUUUAAAAAAAAUACCAAUUUGGGUAAAAACUGCAGGGAGUCAAAGGAUCCAUUAGCCUCUACUAUUAUAUUUCCAAAUUAUAGUGCUGGUCUCAUUGGCUGAAAGAAAGUAUUAGGACAAAAAUACCCCUACAACUAAGCAUGAGUUGUGGAUUAAACAUUAAUACUUUUGAAAUACAAACAAGUCAUUCCAUACAAAAUUAGGCACAAGUAUAAUGUAUAAAAGAUAUUCCUUCAGGAAUUUUAAGGAAAAACAAUCAAACUUAGAUAAUAAUGUUCUUUGCAUUUUAACCUUCAAAUUGUAUUUGGUCUUACUUCCCCUCAAAUAACAUUUUAUUAAGAAUUUUGAAUACAAUAGUAACAACUUAUCCAAACUAAACUUAGAG